UGUUGCCUUGGUAACGCGGUCACGACACAAACUUCUACCAAAUGUUCCUAACUAACAUGGAGUGAAAGCAAUCUUAUUCUAUCUUUACUGUUGGUAGUUUGAAAUAAGCCAUGUUAGCUGAGGCUCGGGUUCCUGACCCCUUCACUCCAGGAAACCCGUGGAAGCCCCCCACCGCUGGGAAGGAUAUCAAAGAUCCAGGGAGUCACGAAAUGCAGCGGGUUGGAAGGUACCAGCGACAAGAGUCCAGCCAAAGCAGCUCCGCCUUGGGGCUGGAAAUGAAGCCAGAGCUGGUCUGGGAGGACUGGGACCUGGGAAGAGAGUUCACCAAGACAUUAGUGUUAAAGAAUGUUCAUAUCAGGCUUCAGAAGCUACACGUCAGACCUCCAGUGUCCAAGUUUUUCUCCACCUUGGUUCCGCAUACCAUCGUUAUUAGCCCAGGGACUUCUUUCUCUGUGCCAAUCAGCUUUAGACCACUCAAGAGGUGUGAGUAUGAGGACAGCAUUGAUUUUGAAAGUAAAGAUGGCAGCAGCUUCCAAGUAUGCCUCCGUGCCACCAUUCCCUGCUGUGCCCUGGAGGUGCCUGACUCUGUGCUGCUGCCACUCUGUGCUGUCCGAAACACGACGUAUACCGCUUUCCUUCUCAAAAAUGUCAGUAAACUCCAAACAUGGUUCGAGUUGGAUUACACAGAACCGUUCCAGCUAAGCCCCGAGCAGGGGGUGUUGAAGCCCGGUCAGGAGUGUAACAUCAUGGUGGAGUUCCAACCACAAGAGGCCCUGGUGUACCAGCAACAGGUCGACUGCAGGUUUGGAGAAGAAGGGGACGAAGGGGACAAGGCAGAGAGCUGCUGCAAUGUUCUGCUGCAGGGACUAGCUAAAUUCCCAUUUCUUCAACUGAAAAGUCCAGGAACCAAGGGUGAAAAAGAACAGUAUCAUCCAGAGCUGCACUUUGGCUCUGUUGCUGUCGGCAAAAGUUUACAGAAACACGUCGACAUCUUCAACCCCUCCCCUGUGACUGCACGAUUCUCUCUUUUAUGUCUGUCCAAUGGGUUGCCCCUGCAGAGGUCAGAGUUCAGCUGUGAUGUGACCCAGGGCGAGGUGGCGCCCGGUGGAUCGCUACGGGCUACAGUCACCUAUACUCCUGCUGUGGUGGAUAGAGUCUCUGUGGAUUACUUAUCUCUAAAAUAUAGAGUGUUGGAGAAUGUGACGCAACUCAAAAUGACGGGAAGCUGUUUAGGUCCCAAUGUGUCCCUGUCCUCCUCUGUGGUGGACUUUGGCUGUGUUGAGGAAGGAGGAGCAGUUGUACAGACAUUGGAGCUGCUUAAUUCCUCACACGUUGAAGCUCUCUUCCAAUGGGACUUGGACUGCAGUGGGAACAGUGUGUUCAGCUUCCAGCCAGCGAGUGGCGCUGUUCGCCCCCAUAGCCGCACCACCCUGAGGGCGGUCUAUAGGCCCAGGCAGACCAUUGCUCACCACAGGAGAGUGGCAUGUCUCAUACUGCACAGGGAGCCCUUGUUCCUGGACCUGAUUGGUACCUGUCACUCAGAGCUGCAUCAGCCAGCCGUACUGAAGCCUGAGCACCUGGUUCUCUACAAGCUGCACUGGUACCGCAGACACGACCCGGCAGACACUCCCAGUGCCAUGCUGCAGAAUCAGGAUGCAAGCAUGGACCACCAGGAACUUCUCUGCCCUGCAGUGGAGUCUCUCCAGACGCCAGACAGUGCUGGUGUUGUGUCCAGAGAUCCCAUGCAGGAAUAUUACCAAUCCUGCUUGGGCUGCAUGGACCCCCUCCCUUCCAGCUCUACUGCAUCGCCCCCACAUGUAUCUGUGAUGCCCAGAGAGCUACUGUUUACCCACAAAACCUCCUCCUCUGUGUCUUCUUCAUCCAAAUCCUCUCAGUUUGUCUCCAUCACAAACCACACCAGGGGGAAACUCAGCCUGGUGUGGACUGCUGGAGACGACUCUCCGUUCUCUGUCUCUCCCUCAUCAUGUGACCUUCCUCCUCUGAAGUCCACCUCAUUCAGGGUCACCUACGACCCCAAGCAGCUGAGCACUCUGCACGGAGCUCAACUUGAAUGCUUUGCAUACUAUAAGGACAAUCCUCCCCUAGAGGAGCGACUGCUGUGCCCACCCUGGUGUGUGACUGUCAGAGUCAUAGGCCACUCCUUUCAGCCGGGCAAAGAGCAUUUCAUCCCCAACUGCUCUCUGACGCCUUGUCAAGUGGCCUUUCCAACACUCAGUGUUCUUUCCUACCGAACGGUGCUCCUCCAGAAUUGUGGAGACCUGCCCCUCACCUUCUCUCUGGACCCCAGCUCAAACCCCGCCUUGUCAGAAUACGUAUCUGUAGUUCCGACCUGUGGUUUCAUCCCACCUGGGAACCACCAAAUCCUAACCCUCAGAACAACUCCCACAGAAGAAAGUCCCAAAAUGAGGCUCAGUUGGCCCAUUCAGCUUAAUGCAGCCAACCACACAGAGGACCUGAACGUUGUCCUGUGGGUGGAUAAGGUGAGUGUGUCUCUGAAAGAAGGCAACAGUUUAUAUUUCCAGCCUACAGCGGUGGGCUCUCGAAUACAGCGCACCGUUGACAUACGAAAUCUCAGCAGCCUACCUCUACGAUUCCAGUGGAACAUUCCAGAGCCAGACCAGGAGCUUAUCUCUGUUGAACCAGAUGCUGGAGAACUGCAUCCCAAUGAGAAAUCAGUCCAGACAUGGUCCUUCAGCCCACUGGAAGAAAAAACAUACACACUGAAACCCACUUUCACCUUCUGGUCAAUGCAGACUACUGGGUGUAACAAGUCACAACUUACCCUUGUAGUGGUGGGGACGGGCUCAAAAGGCUUCAUAGAGGCAGAGAAAGCUGUUCUGGAUGUUGGGGAGGCUCUGGUUGGAAGCUACCGGUCGAUUCAGGUUCCUCUGGUGAACAACAGCCCCUGUACCGUCUCCUUUUGUCUCUCUGUGCAGCAGACGCUUCUGGACGAGGAACUUAGUUAUGACCCCGAGACUGAGCCAAAUGCCCUGAAGCUGGACUGUGCAAUGGGAACCAUCGCUUCACGCUCCAAGAUGCUGCUCCGAUCCACCGUCAGGCCAAACAGACGAGCUCAGUACCUGUGGACCAUCAGCUACCAGACGCUGAACGCCAGUGGUUUGGCUUCAUCCCCUCUUCAAGCUGUGUGUGAAGUGCGAGCUAAGGGUGUGUUUCCCACUCUGCGGGUGAUUGAUGUGUGCAGUGGUGGCAGUGUGGGCAGACUCAGCAAGGGGCACCUCUGGAAACUAUUCUCACUGGACCGCCUCAAUGAGCUCAUGCUGUCCAACCCCUGCCCCGCUGAACUCACUCACAGAACGCCUAUCAGACACAGUGUGAGCAGUUCUCCUUCCAUCUUCACCAACGCCAUGUUGGAUUUCAACUUCAGUGCCACUCCUCUAAAUUCAGAGCCCUCAGUGUUUGGGUUGAUGUUUCACAACCCUGGCUCCAUCCCUGUGGACUGGGCAUUCUUGUUUCCAGAGGACCAACAGAUAGAGUUGGAGUACUGGGCAGAGACCGGAGAGUUCAGCAGCACUGAAAUGUACCAGAUGAAGGUUCAAAACAACAAACUGUUCAGCAUUACUCCUCGUUCUGGGACUUUACUUCCUGGCCAGCAGAGGGUGGUGAGCUUCACUUACAGCCAUCUCUUCGCUGGUAUGGAUCGAUUCCCUGUCGUGUUCAAACUCUCUUAUGGCAGAGAGAUCUUGGUGAACUUUCAGGGGGUGACGGUGGAGAGAGACAGACCCUUUCUUCACUUUGCCUCCAAGCGACAUGUCUUCACUUCUGUAACUAUUGGGGACUGUACUCCUCCAAAACAGGUGUAUAAAAUACACAAUCGCGGUGCAGUGCCGGUCCAUUAUACGGUGGGCACGGCCGUGUUGUUACAGCUGCAGGAGGACAACUUUAACCAUCCAGUGCUGUGCUGCCUCAAUCCAGAGGGACAGGUCCGUCCUGGAGAGACGGCCAUGCUGGGAUGGAUCUUCUCUCCAUUGGAGGCCAAGAUGUACCACGUGGAUAUUCCGAUCCACGUGGAGGACGGGGAUUCCACGCUUGUGAAGUUUGAGGGAUGUGGUUUGGAUUCUCCCACUCUCAUCUCCAAAGUCCCAUCUCACUGCAAUGAUAUGAAGGCAUCUGAACCCUGUGUCCAGAGAGGGCCUUUCCCGGGACAGGUGGUCUUCCUGUCAGAGGACAGUGUUUCUCUCGGUGACAUCCCUGUGUGCUCACAAUCCUCAAAAAUCCUCUUCCUGACCAAUGUGUCCCACACAGACAUUGUCCACUAUUCAUGGGAGCUGCAGAGCAAUAAGCAGGCAGUGGAGAUCCAUCCAGAGCGAGGGACUCUGUGUCCAGGGGAGAGUGCGCCUUGUGUCCUCACCUUCACCUCCACUGACUACCCUGCUGUUUAUCAGCUGGAUAUCAUCUGUCAGGUUUUUCAGGAAGCCGCUCUGACUCGGUAUUACGAUGCUUUACAGCAUUUGGAGGAAGAGAAAAAGAGACAGCGGGAUGAAUUCACUGUCACGGAUAAGAUUAUUAAAGGCAGUUAUGGAGUUCUGAUAGAUAAGGAACCUGUAGCAGCUCCAGUAAGAAAAGGGCCGCCACUCAGGAAAUACAAGACUCUUCCUCCUAUCUGUGCCAGUGCUGCUUGUGAAACAGUCGGGGCGAUAUGUACCAAGAUAACAAGAGCUGAGAAGCGAGCGCAGCGAGAAAAGGGAAACGUUUGGAGGUGCCCUGAACCCCCCCUGCCGGCUCUGCUGCAUCUGGGGGUGACUGCACGCUCACACGGGCUUCUGGAGUACCGUGCACACUUUCCUGACCAGUCCAGUGACUUCAGAUGCCUCCAGUCAGUGAAUCCCCAGCAACCUGAGAGCACUUCCCUCCAUGCUGGGCGGGGUGCACAGAGAAAAGGCCCCGAUAGAGACGUCACCAUGCGCAUACUCGCCUCUCUGCUCAGGAGAAUACUUGAUGAGCCACCCUUCUCGCAGUCUCUGAUAAGUAUGGAAUCGAAGCCCAUCACCUACCAGCCUCGAAAACCUGGUCCCUCCUUAUCUCCGUCCUCCCUCCCUUCCUCCUCCUCUUCUUACCCUGCACCCCAAGCACAACUUCUGUCCAGUGGGACCCAGGGAGAGGAGGAUCAGCUCAGCCCAGUGGACGGUGAGGGGACACCACACCAUGAACAUGUGCCUGCUGACGUGAGUGAAGAGGUUCUGCUGAACACGCUCCAGAACCUGAUAAUGGAAGCUGUCGGAGGAGAGCUCGUCCUCACAGCGCACCCCCGCAUGAUUAUGUUGCCCCCAGUUUCCACCAGAACCAGGAGGACGCCCAAUGCCGUGGCCGAGGAGGAGAAAGAAGAUUUCAUAAAGUGAGCAGCAGUUAAUAAAUGAUGUUUAUAAAGAUGUUACCAAAUGUUUGGGCAUUAUUAAAGGAGAUUCAAAAUCUCCUACCCUUGUCUUCAAGCACAAAUGGCAAGUUAAUGAGAAACAUCAAAGCUUCAUACUGUAGCGAUUAAGUAGGAUGCAUUUGUGUGACAUUUUGCAACAUUGUUAAAUGACAUCUGCAUGUAGUUUUACAUUGAUUUUAAAACUUGAAGAAGAUAAAUAAGAAAGUAUACUGUUUUAAGCUUAGGGCAUAAGAAAACAAACUAAAGGAAAACAGUAUAUUUACAGUAUAUCUUGUCUUUGUCUGACAUCAUUAAUCAUAUUACACACAACCAAUACCAGAACAUUUGUUGGACAGAACAUUUUACUUUUUGCUUAUAAAGUUUAUUCCCUUUACUUUUCUAACCUCAAGACUUGAUUCCUGCAGUGUUGCUAUUUGUGUCUGUCUGUGUGAUCCAAUGAAUAGCAGUCAAUAACAAUACAGGCAGGUGUGCAGUAUGGGAAUACCUUCAUAACUAUUAUUGACUGUUAAUAGUAUAGGACGUUGACAAAAAUCACAAUAUAGUAUUUCAGACAUUUGAAAAAAAGUCAUAGUAUACUGUUUCAAUGAUAUCAUAUUUAUAUGAAUUAUGUCAUAUCAUCAGCAUUGUUGUGUAUGACAAAGUCAUUGUAUAGUGUUUUGAAACAACCACAAAAACAUACAUAUUACAGUACGUCGUAUUAAAAAUACUAUACUUUUUCAUGAAAUAUUCAACAUACCUUACUUUGCCUUUCAAUAUUAAUCAGCAUACUAGUUUGAAUUAUCAGAAUUUUCGACAACUAUACUAUAACUUUUUCUUUUAAAUAUAUAUAAAGAGCCACCUUCACGCUCGCAAAGCAUGUAAUAAAAAUGUCAGUAUGGUAUGUCAUAAAAUGCCAAAGUGAAUGAGUAUUUAUAAUUCUGCAACACAAUGUUGCACAGCAAAAUGCAGUU